AUGGGUAAAUUCACUAAGGAAGAGGAAGUUCUCCUUGCCAGUUAUUCUUCUGGUAACACUGCCAAGAGCAACGCUCUGUUCUACAUUAAUGCUGCCGUUAUUUCUGUAGCCCCCAUCUAUCUCUUUUACGGAGUUCACCAAAUGGAGAUCUCUGAUUCAUGGAUCGUUUGGAUUAUCUCUGCUGUUGCUUCUGUCUAUCUUUUGACUAUGGCCUGCAAGAACCAGAAGAGACUUCUGAAGGACUCUAUCAUGACCAAGAGAAGCGUUGCUGUUGAUCGUGAAAUCAACCAAAGAUAUGGAAAUGACAAGAAAAUGAGCACUAAGGAAAAAGAGGAGCGUGCUUUGUACCGUAAAAACGAAGUUGCCGAUUCUGAGGCUACCUAUCUCUCAAUCUUCUUCACCAACGUUCUCUUCUUAGCUAUUCUUUUGUUCUUGGCUUUCUUCCUUCUUGCUAACUUGGCCCCACUCUUCAACUCCUUGUUCUCAAUUGUUGGAGCCGCUGGUCUCGUUGCUUUCCUCUCCACAGCUAAGAAUUAG